GGCAGGUGAGUCUGGCCCGCCCGCUGACAUCAGCUCCGCUGCCCACACGGGACUAGAGCGGGCGCCGUGGGCUCGAGCGAGGCCGGCAGCGAAGGCGGCCCGGCUUCCCACAGCCCCUCGUCGAGUGGCCGCCCCGGCGGAGAAGAGGAGAUCCAGCUGUGGGUAAGAGUGCUUUGGCCCAGAUGUUUCGCAGUGAUGGCGCUCAUUUUCAGAAGAACUACACACUGACAGCGGGCAUAGAAUUGUUGGUGAAGGCUGUAUCAGUUCCAGAGACAAGUGAUAGUGUGGAAUUCUUCAUUUUUGACUCUGCAGGAAAAGAUCUAUUUUCUGAAAUGCUAGAGAAACUGUGGGAACAACCCAACGUCCUGUGCCUUGUGUAUGAUGUCACUAAUGAGCAAUCCUUCAACAACUGUGACAAAUGGUUGGAGAAGCUGAGGGCUCAAGCAGUUGGGAUGCACAUCCCAGGUGUCUUAGUGGGGAAUAAAACAGACCUAGCUGAUCGUCGAGUUGUGGAGCAGGAACAAGCACAGGAGUGGGCUGAGAAACAUGGCCUGGAAUACUGUGAGAUGUCAGUGAAGGAAAUGAAAAAUUUUGAGGCCCCUUUCCACAUCCUGGCAAAGUUAUUUCACCAACUGUACAAAGAGAAAGUGGAAACUUUUCUCUCACUAGCUUGAAUGAAUCUGUUUCUUUCCUUCGGCGUGGCUCACUGUCCCUGCCUGGUGGGAGCUGUGUCGCGUCCAGCCGCUGUCACUUGGUGACGCAGUGCCCCCUGCUGGUCCCAGGUCACAGGAGUUCUCCUUAGGCUGCCACCUCCCUUGAAGUGUGCAGGAAGGGCUUCCUGCAGGCACAUCCAGAUUGGCUUGGCUGCGAAAUGGAGUGAUAUUGCAAGAAUACCUUUUCUAUUCUAAAGAUUCUAAAACUUACAAAAAUUACUUUUUCUUCUUCAUGUCUUUAUUAUCUUACAUAUUGUUGUGUCAUUUUUGUUAGCUGAAUUUGGCAAUACCAUUCUGUUUAGGUUCAAUUCUCAAUCUCAAAAUCAGAGUCCUCUUAUUAAAGUCUCUUCACUUGUCAUUGAAUUUCAGAUAAAAGACCACGGUUCUGAUGUUGCUAGUGGAAACAGGACUAAGGAAAUGAAAGACAGCCUGGCUAAGUUACUCUGACUCAGCUGUGUCUGGCUAGAAAUUUCGUAUUAGAAGGGGUAAAAGCCUAGAGAGAGUUGCUCUAUUGUGUGGAGUACUGAUAUUCAAUGUAUAGAGUCUUUGCUAGUGCACUAUGCAAAAGCAUCUGUGGUAAGGUGCUGCUUGUAACUGAGCCUAACACCAAGAGUUUCAAAAAUUUAACCAUUAUCUUCCCGAUUAGGGUAGACUCCCUUGGGCAAGGGAAACUGAGCUUUGUAGAGACUGAGCACUGAGUGAUUUUUCAGGCAGUCUUUUCAGGAAUCUGUGUUUCAAGACUUCUAUAUGUGUGGUUUAUAAUCAUUUUUAUGCUCAGUGCUAGGAAAAGUACAUUAAAUUGAACGUAAGAAAUAUGGCUGCAGAUGUUGUAGCAGACUUUAUGAAGCACUUCAGGAAUCUGGAGAAGCACUGGCCUCAUUUCACUGGCAACAGUGUGUCAAUGCUGAGAACUCGCUAGGGAGCAUGAAUAUCAGUUAAAGAGGAUGAGUAGGAGCUCAAUCUAUAAGAAGUAAAAACAAGAGGUUCUUUUGCUAAAAGCCAACUCAAAAAUGACAUAAGCUGGGAAAGCUCCUGCUUUCUCCAAAGAAGGAAGGAGUUCUCUAUGAACUUAGGAUAACUAGGAGACUCACUCCUUUUGAACCAGAUUAGCAUUACAGGCAUUUGUAUCUUGCAUGGGUUGUCUUGUUACUCCUGGGUGUUUUCUGUUGAUUUACAUAGGCCAUAUAGACUCUUGCUUGCAGGUGCUGCUAUCUGCACCUUUUAUUCUUACUCUGACUAGUAAGAAUAAAAGCUAUUUUGGAUGCUGUGCUGAUCCAAAGAAGGUUUGUUUUUACUUGGUAUCUCAUUUCCCUCUGGUUCUAUUGACAAUGUGAUCACAAAACAUGACACAUAUUUUUUCAUAUUGAAAAUAACAUACCAAAUGUGUAUGUCACCUGUGACAUGGUGAAUCUAGGGGGAAGAAUGCCUUGGGAAUAUGUAAUAAAAUUAAUUCUGUGCAGUCUUUAACGAGGGAGUCUAUCUCUCUGCCCUGAAGGACCUCCCAUAACUUCAAAUAAACACUCUAAAUGCGCCUGUAAGAUGAAGAUUGGUGAAUGCUGUUUUAUAAAAUAAAUGCAAAGGCUGGAGGAGCUCAUUAAGGGAAUGCUUGCAGUGGUGAUUUGUGAUUUAUAGGGAAACUGCUUUUGAGAAGUUAGUGAAGAAAAAUGCAGCCCAUGCAGGGAAAGAUGUAUUGCCUGAGAGAGGAAAUGUAUGAUCUAAUUAGCUAACAGUAGGGAUUCACCCACUGCCCCUUUCCCUCUUCCACAGGCCACAACCACUAUUGGAAAAGAAGUCGUGUCUAAAGCAUGUUGUCCAACUUGCUUUUUGCAGGACUAUUUCAAGCACUAGUGUGGACACAGUUUAAUGUCCUUCAGAAUAGUGUGUUUGCCAAUAACAAUCUCAACCCUUUCAAAUCUAUUUUAACAGCGUAAUAUAUUGUCCUUCCUGGCUAAUGUGCUGUAUGAUAUCAGCCUGAUGCUAGUGGUGGUUGUUGCUAUUCUCCUGGCUUAAUUGUGACCUUGGUUGUAGAGGCUAGGAGUGAAGAGGGGGUAGAAAACAUGGGAAGAUUGUGGGAAAUAGUUUUGUCUCUGUGUGAAGGAGUUCAGGGUGAUGAGUAAGUGAGCUGGACCGGCAGGAUGAGUAAGAGUCUGGAGCCAUUAUUAAGUUUCUCCUACCUGUUUACUAACUGGCAGUCACAUCUGUAGAGUGAGGAUGUGUGUUUGCUGCUUAUAGGCUUAGCAUCAAUCUGAAUUACAGAUGCUGUGGAGACCAGUGGGAGGAAGACAGAAAGUCUGUCUGCUGACCAGGAAGCUUGUUGUCUUCUUACAGCUCCCCUGCUUUGUCCAGCUGUGCAGUGCUGCAGGUGCUCAGCAUGAGUGUUACAACACAGAAAAAGCCCAGCUCAACCAGAACUGAAAUUUCAAAAGAGGGGGAAGGAAACAAACAGGCCUUUAACUGGUUUUAAUAGAUACAUAAUCCUUUCUCCUGCUUGCUUGUUUGAUUAGACAAAACCAUUUCUUUCCUUCCUGGAGUCCCUCCUUCUUACCUUUCCUUUGGUCCUCAUGGGUCUGCACAGAAUCUCUGUUAUACUUGUGCCCUGCUUUACUUAGCUUGAUACAUCGCCAGCUGAUUUUUUUUUUUAUCCUUCUAAUUUCUGCAUUAUCUAUUCCCAAGGCUGCAAGACAUUUCUUCUUAGAUUAAUAGACAAAAGAAAACAAAAGUGGAAUUUUUAGUCAAAUUGUCUUGGAAGAAAAAGCCUUAAGUAGCUGUCUGACAUUCUGAAAUUUUACUGGAAAUUCAUUUAUGUAAAGUUGUCAUAUUAAAGAUGCUUUAAUGGUUUUGUUUUGUCUUGCCAGACAUAGUCUAUUGCAGAGUGAAAUUCAGGAUGUAAAAUUCCAGAAAGAUCAGGUUUUAUUGUGGGAAUUAAUAGGAGUUUCAAAGCUGAUUACAGUGUGAUAAGAUCUGUUAAGUCUUAACAAUGGAAUGGUCACUGCUGUUCAUAAUGAAGCAUUAAAUAUACUGAAAUGGGGCUGUCAAAACAGUUUCUUCUAGAGAUUUGUUCAUUUUAAAGACUUUAAACUUAAAGAAAGGACAUCUUUUAAAAGACUGAUCUGAUAAAUGACACCAUUUGGAUCAGGGUUAUUUCUGAUAUAACUUCAGUGACUUGAAGAGCUGGAUUUAGUAUUUUAUGCCAAUUGACUCCCCUGGGUAAGCUUCAUUUCUUUACCCACUAUACAUCUUGGACCGAUCUGACCUGGUAGCAAAAGACACAUGAUGUUGUUGAAAAUAAAAUACUGCCUUGGGGCAGAAGGAUAAACUGUGUGGCCUCCUGAGGUCCUCCCAGCAAUACUUUCUAUAAUUCUAUUAGAUUAAGUGAGGAAAGAAGUAGCGUGGAAAGCACAAAACAGGCUAAGUCAUAAACUAGCAAUUAAACUGGGAGCUGGGCAGAAAACGUACAAUCUAUCCCAAUUAAGAGCUGUAUCUCAAGAGAAACUGGGAGCCUGACGCAGGUGCUGACAGCAGGGAAAACACUGCAUUUCUGUUCUGGAGGCAGCAACUGCUUUCUGCUGGUGCUUAUGCAGAUCUGUGGGGGUCCUUAUGCAACUCAAGGCUGUGCUCUGUUUUUAAUAAUUACUGUAUCUCUGACGUUCAGGUGGCAGUUGCUUGCAGUUGUGGUCUCAUCUGCCUACACAAAGUCAGCAGCAUGAUGUCAGAUAAUUUGCUAGUGGCAGGAAGACAUUCCUAUUAUUGACACCUGCAUGAUGGGACCCCUCUCUCCCCAUGCAAUCUCAGUCCUUUUCGUAUCUUCUCCUUGGUGGACAAUAUCCACCUCUGCUUGCUCUUAACAAGUAAUUUUUCCAUCUUGCAGAUGGUACUCUGUGGAACCUAGGGCUGAGGGACUUCUCAAAGGUGGACUCAGAGCAGAAGCACUUCAAGGGCCAUGUUGGCCUCCUCAACAUCUCUUUUGGCCUAGGGGCACAUAAUUUCUUUACUUCUCCUGUCCUAUUUCCUCCUCCUGCUGUCAUUUUGCCUGGAGAACAAUGUCUUAUGUGCCAGUUGCCCUUGGCUCUGUUGACCCAGAACAACAAUGCUUGGGGGAGGGAGGAAGAAGAGAGCUAGACUCAGUCUUUUCAGGGCUCUUUAGCUGUUGUGACUCUGUUGAAGUCACCUGAGAGAUGGGAAUGUUGCUCAGUCUAGGGUGUAAUUUCCUGGCAGGAGACCACUAACAGAGUCCUGGCAGCCUCAUCUGGGCUCUUCAGAGCUUGCUGCAGUGUAACUUUGUCAGACACUAGCUGUUCUCCUUCUAACCUGGGGUUUUGGUGGGAAUUUUUGGUAGGGUUUUUUUACUCCUUGGAUGUCUUUUGUUUGACUGUCAUGGCUUUAUGUAUUUCCUCCCGUAGAGUUGUUUGUCAAGAGAAGCUUAGAAUUGCUCCCUUUCCUGGUCUCUGGGAUUUAAUCUGGAAAUGUUUAAAAGGGAAAUAUGACAGACCCUACCUGUCAAGCUGGGGUCAGGGAUGGGGUCAGUUUGAUGAGUUUCCCUCCAGCCAGAUAUACAUCAAUUGGAGAUAUGUGGAGCCUGUGAUCUUUCUGCACAAGUACUAGAAAAAUAGCCAAUAUGAGGGCUGCCAGAUAGGGACUGUGAGGAAAAGGAUAUAAAGGCAGAAGUGAUCGACUUCUGUGUCCCAGACAGGGGAAAAUGCAGGAGCAAUAGGGGAACAGGAAUAUGUAGGAAAUAUGUAGGUCUGUAUUCCUUCAUGGAGAGCCCAAAGAAUUUGCUGAGGCAGAUUGGGAAGGUGGGAUUUAGGGAUGGGAAAACCUGAGGCUUUUUCUGUCUUUUAGAAUGCUGUAUGAAAAUAAAAGUGGAAGGAAAAGUAAUUUUUGCAUGAGCCACUGAGGGAAAAUGAGGAUACAGGGUAGAGCUGGGUGACCUUGCAGGUGGAAGGGCAAGUGAUAAGAAUAAAUAA